UGCUUUAAUUCAUUGCCAACCUCAAAAUGGAGACGCACAGUAACACGUCGCACCCCCCUAACACCUCUGACCCCUUCGGACGCGAUGAGGAAGUGGCUAAAAUCGAGAUCGCGGUGCUCAGCGUGACCUUCGCGGUGGCGGUGAUCGGGAACUACAGCGUUCUGGUGGCGAUCCACAACACGAAGAAGAAGACCUCGCGCAUGCACCUGUUCAUCAAACACCUGAGCCUCGCAGACCUGGUGGUGGCCUUCUUCCAGGUGCUCCCGCAGCUCUGCUGGGAGAUCACCUUCCGCUUCUACGGGCCGGACUUUCUGUGCAGGAUCGUCAAACACCUCCAGGUGAUGGGCAUGUUCGCGUCCACCUAUAUGAUGGUGAUGAUGACUCUGGACCGCUACAUCGCCAUCUGCCACCCGCUGAAGACCCUCCAGCAGUCCACCCGCAGGUCGCAGGUGAUGAUCGGCGGCACUUGGGUGUGCAGUUUAGUCCUCAGCAGCCCGCAGUACUUCAUCUUCUCGCUCAGCGAGAUCCAGAACGGCUCGGAGGUGUUCGAUUGCUGGGCGCACUUCAUCCAGCCGUGGGGCGUGCGCGCGUACAUCACCUGGAUCACCGCGGGGAUCUUCCUCGUGCCCGUGCUGAUUCUGAUGACCUGCUAUGGCUUCAUCUGCCACAGCAUCAGGAUGAGCAUCAGGUAUAAGAGCAAGCGGACGCAGGUGUUCGGGAAGCAGUCGGUGAGCUCGGUCUCCAGCAUCUCCAGGGCGAAGCUGCGCACCGUCAAGAUGACCUUCGUGAUCGUGCUCGCCUAUGUCAUCUGCUGGGCGCCCUUCUUCACCGUGCAGAUGUGGUCGGUGUGGGACCAGAGCUUCAACUGGGACGACUCGAAGAACACGGCCGUCACUCUGUCUGCUCUGCUGGCCAGUCUGAACAGCUGCUGUAACCCGUGGAUCUACAUGGUGUUCAGCGGACACCUCCUGCAGGACUUCGCCCUCUGCUUCCCGUGCUGCCAGAAGAUCCGGAAAAGUUUCCGCAAAGAGGACUCGGACAGCAGCAUCCGCAGAACCACACUGCUGACCCGCAUGGCCAACCGCAGCCCCACCUGCAGCUCCAGCACCUGGAGAGAGCUCCAGCACUCGCCCAAGACUGACCGCUCCACGCCGGCCAACACAUGACGCUGCGUUC